AUGCCUUCUAAGCGCCAGCCCAAUUCUACCGGGAAAGACCAAUAUAUAGAAAGUACUUAUUCGACGGAGGUAGUCGUUGGGCGAAAACCAAAAGAUGGAAGGAAUGCAAAAUCCACGAAAACAGCUGAGAAGAACUCUAAGGGUCGAAAAGAUUCGGUGACUCAAAAUGACCCAUCCAGUCCAUUACUUGAUGUCUACGUCUGCGGAAGCAACUGCUACGGUGAACUUGGUCUAGGAGAUUUGACAAAGAAGUCAGAAUUGCCGCGCCCUGUACUCAACCAAAAAUUCGAUGCACAAGUUACUAAAGUCAUCCAUGUUACUGCCGGAGGUGUCCACUGUGCGGCCCUUACUCGUGACAACCAGAUCUUGACUUGGGGCGUCAACGACGAAGGUGCCUUGGGAAGAGAUACAAAGGAAGAUAAAACCGCAGAUAGCAACAGAGGCAACACCUCAUCUGGUGAUGAGAGCGAUGAUGAGAUUACUCAAAAUCUAAAAGAAGCCACCCCGUUACCUGUCGAUCGGUCGUUUUUUCCAAAGGGCACUGUUUUUUCCCAGCUUGCUGCCUCGGACAGCGCGACUUUUGUUUUGUCCACAGAGGGCCUCGUGUAUGGGUGGGGAACAUUCCGGGGUGCAAACGGAGGCAUUGGAUUCUCUCCUGGAAGCAAAAAAGAGCAAAUGACGCCUAUUCUGAUUCCUGGUGUCCAUGAUGUUAACAAAAUUGUUGCUGGUGCCCAACAUAUACUAGCACUGACAGCAAAAGGCACUGUUUUUAGUUGGGGCUGUGAUGAACAACAUCAACUUGGGAGGCGCCGUGCAAGUCGCCAUCAUAAAUCCCAUCAUCUUGUCCCAGAUUUAUGCGCUCUCCCAACUGGAGUCCGAGAUAUUGGAGUGGGACAAUAUCACUCUUUCGCGAUCCAUACCAAGGGUCAUGUAUACGCAUGGGGCUCCAACAAUUUUGCCCAAACGGGCGUUGCAACGAGUGCGGGACUGAACGAUGCCAUCGUAGUCUAUCCCAAUAAAGUCCCUAACUUACAGAAACAUGCUUCGCUCGUCUCGAUUUUUGGCGGAAAAGACCAUAGUAUGGCCAUCACUGAGCUCGGCGAAUGCCUGAUUUGGGGUCGCAUUGACAACAAGGCCCUCGGCAUUGCAGUCGAAGAUAUGCCCGAAGCAGACAUUAUCUAUGAUAAAUAUGGCAAACCAAGAAUAUUGAAAAACCCCAAUCUCCUGACCGGCGUUAGGGGGAAAAUAGUCUUUGGGACAGCUGGAACGGACCACUCCUUUGUGAUUACGGAAUCUGGGAAGGCCUAUAGCUGGGGUUUCAAUGCCCAAAGUCAGGCUGGUCAGCCCGGUUUGGAUGAGGUUGAAAGGCCCACCCUUCUUCACAGCAAAUAUCUCGAGGGGAAAAAACUAGUUUCAGCGACUGCGGGUGGUCAAUUUAGCAUCAUUCUUGGUGAUGCUUCGUGCAAUUGA